CAUUUCUAAAAGGGCAACGCUGUUAUUUUAGACAGGAUCUGGUGGCAACGUGGUCAUUUGAUUAACAUCCGGUUGCGGCAUUCCGAUAUAAAUAUCCGCUGGCUGAAAUUUCUCAUUGCUACUUCUCAGAAAAGGAAAAUAGAAAGUUUAUAAUCUAUCGCGUUGUUCUGAAGCAGCUCCCUAUUUCUCCGCGUACGCUCUCUACCACCUCCCCAGAUCUAUUGUUUUCUGGGACCUAAGUAUAAAACAGAAAUGGGGCUGACUUCACUAAGCUGUUUAGCCGGCUAUUCGCUAAGAAGGAGAUGCGGAUUUUGAUGGUUGGUCUUGAUGCUGCUGGUAAGACAACCAUCCUGUACAAGCUCAAGCUCGGAGAGAUUGUCACCACCAUUCCAACCAUUGGUUUCAAUGUGGAGACUGUCGAAUACAAGAACAUUAGCUUCACAGUUUGGGAUGUUGGGGGUCAGGACAAGAUCCGCCCAUUGUGGAGGCACUACUUCCAAAACACACAGGGUCUCAUAUUUGUGGUGGACAGUAAUGACAGGGACCGUGUUGUGGAGGCAAGGGAUGAAUUGCAUAGGAUGUUGAAUGAGGAUGAGCUGAGAGAUGCUGUAUUACUUGUAUUUGCAAACAAGCAAGAUCUUCCCAAUGCAAUGAAUGCUGCUGAAAUUACUGACAAGCUUGGUCUGCAUUCACUGAGGCAGCGUCACUGGUACAUCCAGAGCACCUGUGCUACCUCUGGAGAGGGGCUAUACGAGGGGCUGGAUUGGCUCUCUAACAAUAUUGCUAACAAGGCAAGUUCUUGAGAUACUAUAAUAUAAACUAGUAUUUGUGAUGACCUUAUUUAAUCAAUCUCUGACUCGGUUGUUACAGGCUUAAAUGUUGUUGGGAGUUGCUUGGAUAAUGCGUGCAGCUGUGUUUUUCAUAGCCUUAUACUAGUCUGUGUGGAAUGAUUUUGUUUCAAAAUUUUUGGAAGUUCUUUGGUACCCUGUGAAAUGGCUGUGUAAAACUAAAUGAAAUUGUUUCAUAUGUUUGCGGUACACUAGUUCUAAAUGUAAUGCUAUAUUCAUUCAUGGACACACUAAUAUUAAUAUUGUCUGCAUUCACAGUUA